CCGCUCCCACCCCCUUGCCUGCCCCCACCCUCCUUCCCUUUCUCUCGCUCUCUCGGCGAGAGCGGCGUGCCUCCCUUCCCAGAUGGCAGCCGGCAGCGCCAUGCAGCCUCCCGUUCCUCCGCCUCCUCUCCCUCCUCUCCGGCUCUAAGUUAAUGCCAUGCUGCCGCUGCUCCUCCCGGCACUGCUGGCCGCCUGCCUGCCGCCCUGCCAGGGCUGGAGCCCCUCGGCGGCUGCCAGCGGGCAGGAGGAGCAGGAGCAAGAGCUCUUCUUGCCCCCUGUCAACUCUUCCUCCCGCUCCUUGGCCAGCCUCGAGAUGGACCUCGACGGGGCAGCAAGCAAGGAGGAAGGCAGCACCGCCAGCCCGGGCACGCCGGCUGCCCCUAGCCGAGAGCCUUUCCCUUCCGCUCCCACCUCCUCCGGGCAGCAGCAGCAACAGCAGCAGCAGCAGCAACAGCAGCAACGUCCCCAGCCGCAGCCCGCCGAGGACCCGCACUGCAAUAUCAGCGUGCAGAGGCAGAUGCUGAGCUCGCUGCUGGUCCGCUGGAGCCGCCCGCUGGGCAUCCAGUGCGACCUCCUGCUCUUCUCCACCAACAGCCACGGGCGGGCCUUCUUCUCCGCCGCCUUCCACCGGGUCGGGCCGCCGCUGCUCAUCGAGCACCUGGGGCUGGCGGCCGGCGGAGCCCAGCAGGACUUGCGCCUCUGCGUGGGCUGCAGCUGGGUGCGGGGCAGGCGGGUCGGACGCCUGCGGGGCGCCGUGCCUCAGGCCGCCGCCGCCGCCUCUUCCUCCUCCUCCUCCUCCUCCUCCUCUUCCUCGCUCUCCUACCCGCCGGCGGCGGAGCCCGGCCAGUACUGGCUGCAAGGGGAACCGCUGAAUUUCUGCUGCCUGGAUUUCAGCCUGGAGGAGCUGAAGGGGGAGCCGGGCUGGCGGAUGAACCGCAAGCCCAUCGAAUCUACCUUGGUGGCUUGUUUCAUGACACUGGUCAUCAUCGUGUGGAGCGUGGCCGCCCUCAUCUGGCCGGUGCCCAUCAUCGCCGGCUUCCUGCCCAACGGCAUGGAGCAGCGCCGCAGCACCGCCGCCGGCACCGCCGCCGCCGCCGCCAAGUAGCCUCUCCCGGUGACACUCCCCCCCCUUGCUCUUCGUCGUGUGGUGUGGAGGGACGCGGGGCGGCCGCCUCCCGCCGGGCCGAACUCUGUCGUGGUUUUCUUGUUUAAAGCGUGUCACAAGGUGCGCGGCGGGAGCGGGCGGCCGCGGGGCGCGGGGCGGCCGCGGCGGCCUCAGGGCCCGGCCCGCCCUGAGGGGAGCCGUCCUGAGGGGAGCCGUCCCGCCGC